AUGAGUGUAACAACGAAGCCAUUUGAGGGCACCGUGCGCUGUGAAUGGUUUCAGUCACCGGCCCGCGUGAGUUUCUGUUUCUACGUGCGUGAUCGCCAGGAAGGGGAUGUUCGGGUGGAAGCGGGGGCGCAGUCUUUGUCGGUGACAAUUCGCCUCGACGCGUCAGGGCGUGAGUAUCAGUACACCGUCGACCGCCUUUACGCUUCGCUGGCCGGCGAAAUACCUGUGGUGAACGUCCGGACAACGAAGGUUGAAGUGUCGCUAAAGAAGGCAUCUGAGCUGCAGUGGCCGACGCUGGAAGCACCCGACGGUGGCCCCAGUGCGCCGCCACAGUUAGCCACAUCGGCACCGAUUGCCACCGUCAAUCCGCCGGCAUCGGCGGGGGAACUGAAGUACCCAAACAGCCGCGGGAAGGACUGGAACGCGUGGAAGAUUGACGACGAGGACGUGAAGCCAGAGGGGGACCAGGCGCUGAACGCCCUCUUCCAGCAGAUAUACAGCAACGGCACUGAUGAGCAACGCCGUGCAAUGAUGAAAUCGUUUUUGGAGAGCAACGGGACCGUUUUGUCAACAAAUUGGGAGGAUGUGGGAAACCGGGAGGUGAAGGCGGAGCCCCCCACAGGAAUGGAGGCGAAGCCCUACAAUUGA